AUGAAAGUCGACUAUCUACAGAACGUGCCUUCAUCAGACGCAACCAGAAGCUACACCUUCACCAGCAAUGAGGGGAAGCGCUGUGUGGCAUGGAAACGCUACGAUGGGUCUAUGUAUUUCACUGCAGAGCCUGAAGAGUGAGUAUGCCUCAGCAUUACUAUAGGAUGUUCCCAUACUACAGUAUUUUAAGUACACCAUGAAGGAGUAAUCACCUGACCAUGGAUCUGUUUACUGAAAGUUUCAUAGCUAACAUAGCACUUAACUCCUCUUCAAUACCCAGCCCCACAUCAGCAAGGGAGUAACAAUUGUCAAAUCAAUGUUUGAUGGUCAAUCGUCUGUGAACUGAAAAAACGGAACUAACAAAAUGUGCCAGAUUAGGUACUUUGCUCUUCUACGAGUGUGAAAGUGUUUGUCUGUUUGCAAAUGUCUAUGUUCUAUUAUUUGCAUCACUUGUUACUGAAUACAACUCAAGUAGAGAACCUGUGCUUCAUUUUCUCUAUUCUCUUUGAGGCUGGUUGACCCAGUCGUCAAAGCCAUUAAGGGUGGUGCUGUGGGUGCUCUGACGGAGAUGGUGAAGACUGGGAGAAACCUGACGGAGAGGAAUAAAUUGGGGUGGCUACCUCUGCACGAGGCUGCAACCCACGGGAAGAAGGAAUGCCUUGAUAUCUUACUGGAAGGUGAGCCACGAAGUCUUCGGAUUGCGCCAAUCCCCACACCCUAUGAAAUAUCAAUACUAUUUUUGGAAUUCCUGUUGCAUCUGUUUUUAGAACCCUUCAACCAGGCAUUGAAUGUAAAUAAAUUAGCACUAGUGUCGAAAGAGACCUUUUAACUCACAAUACUUACUGCAUUAAUUUCAAAACCACUUCUUGCUGUAUACCUAUGAGGGAUAGGCUAGCGAUAAUGUAUGAAGGUUUAAAGUUUGCAGUGUUUAUCAAGUGCCAUGCCAGGUAUUUGACUUGACACGGUCUGAUUUCAUAAAAUCUCCUCAAUUCUGCAUUGUCUAAAUGUCUAAAUUAGUUUUUCACUAUCAAUGCCAUGUGAUUCUUAAACAACCAACAUUUAAAACUGUCAUUAUGAUCACACUUGCAACUGCUAAUCCUGUCCUGUCAUUGAAUCCAGCCCAUCCUGAGGUGAUUAACAGGCGCACGCUGAAGGACCAGACUCCUCUCUUCCUAGCUGUGGUGGCUGAACAUGUGGCCUGUGUCCAGUGCCUGCUGGAGAAAGGAGCUAACCCCGUCAUCGCCGACAAGGACAGGGAAACCCCUCUAUAUAAAGGUAACAUACCUAUGCACAAAGGAGACCCGCAUGCCAUUCUUUGAGACAAUGGUUGCAAGUUUGGGUAAUGUGAAGUUAUAAAGUCACAUACCCUAAACGUACGGUGUCCAUAUUAGGACAGCCUCAAUCUAGCUCAGUUUGUUUUUUAACAUUCAGAUUUAUAGCCAUAGGAUGAUCGAGCUAUAUUCAACAACACAUGUUCACUGUUUCUCUCCCACUCUCUAACAAUCCAUCCAUAUGUCCCAUUCAAAGCUUGCGAGGGAGAGAAUGUUGAGAUGGUGGCAAUGCUUUUGGGCUUCGGGGCCGGGGUGAACAAGCAUUGUAUUCUGGGCUGGACCGCCCUCCAUGAGGCUGUGAUCCGCAACAACGUGGAGAUAUGUGAGCUUCUGAUGAGGGCAGGGGCCAAGCUCAGUCCAGUCAACAUGUACGGUAUCACUCCCCUGUUCGCUGCAGCCCAGACCGGACAUGUUGAGGUCCUGAACUUCCUCAUCACCAACGGUAACCAGUAUGCUGGCUUGGACGUGGAAGUGAGCUGAUUUGGUCAAGUGCAGAUAAAAGCUUUUGUCAUCAGCUUUAUUAGAUAUGUGACUUCUAUCAUAUUCCAGGUUGAAUUUAUUAUAUAUAUACAGUGGGGGAAAAAAGUAUUUAGUCAGCCACCAAUUGUGCAAGUUCUCCCACUUAAAAAGAUGAGAGAGGCCUGUACUUUUCAUCAUAGGUACACGUCAACUAUGACAGACAAAAUGAGAAAGAAAAUUCCAGAAAAUCACAUUGUAGGAUUUUUAAUGAAUUUAUUUGCAAAUUAUGGUGGAAAAUAACUAUUUGGUCAAUAACAAAAGUUUCUCAAUACUUUGUUAUAUACCCUUUGUUGGCAAUGACACAGGUCAAACGUUUUCUGUAAGUCUUCACAAGGUUUUCACACACUGUUGCUGGUAUUUUGGCCCAUUCCUCCAUGCAGAUCUCCUCUAGAGCAGUGAUGUUUUGGGGCUGUCGCUGGGCAACACGGACUUUCAACUCCCUCCAAAGAUUUUCUAUGGGGUUGAGAUCUGGAGACUGGCUAGGCCACUCCAGGACCUUGAAAUGCUUCUUACGAAGCCACUCCUUCAUUGCCCGGGCGGUGUGUUUGGGAUCAUUGUCAUGCUGAAAGACCCAGCCACGUUUCAUCUUCAAUGCCCUUGCUGAUGGAAGGAGGUUUUCAUUCAAAAUCUCACGAUACAUGGCCCCAUUCAUUCUUUCCUUUACACGGAUCAGUCGUCCUGGUCCCUUUGCAGAAAAACAGCCCCAAAGCAUGAUGUUUCCACCCCCAUGCUUCACAGUAGGUAUGGUGUUCUUUGGAUGCAACUCAGCAUUCUUUGUCCUCCAAACACGACGAGUUGAGUUUUUACCAAAAAGUUAUAUUUGGUUUCAUCUGACCAUAUGACAUUCUCCCAAUCCUCUUCUGGAUCAUCCAAAUGCACUCUAGCAAACUUCAGACGGGCCUGGACAUGUACUGGCUUAAGCAGGGGGACACGUCUGGCACUGCAGGAUUUGAGUCCCUGGCGGCGUAGUGUGUUACUGAUGGUAGGCUUUGUUACUUUGGUCCCAGCUCAAAUCCCAGCUGAGGUUGUGGACAGGUGUCUUUUAUACUGAUAACAAGUUCAAACAGGUGCCAUUAAUACAGGUAACGAGUGGAGGACAGAGGAGCCUCUUAAAGAAGAAGUUACAGGUCUGUGAGAGCCAGAAAUAUUGCUUGUUUGUAGGUGACCAAAUACGUAUUCAUUAAAAAUCCUACAAUGUGAUUUUCUGGAUUUUUUUUUCUCAAUUUGUCUGUCAUAGUUGACGUGUACCUAUGAUGAAAAUUACAGGCCUCUCUCAUCUUUUUAAGUGGGAGAACUUGCACAAUUGGUGGCUGACUAAAUACUUUUUUCCCCACUGUAUAUAUAUAUAUAUUUUUUUUUAUAGUGUUUUUUCUCCCGCAAGACAGUGUGAUUGUGUUAAUUAAACCGAAUGUCAUGCCGCUGAAGUCGUACAUCCUAAAUGCUAAAGAAUGUCCUUAGAAACUGUUUCAUGUAAAAUGUUUAUGUGGGCCCUUUGAUGAUACAGGUGCAGACGUUAACAGCCAGGCGAACGAUGGGGCCACGCCGCUCUAUGAAGCCUGUAAGAACGGACAUGGGGAGAUCGUGGAGGUCCUGCUGUAUCAGAAAGCAGACGCCAACAAACCCACUAAAGCUGGACUUCUGCCCAUUCAUAUUGCCGCCCAACGUGGAUAUGAUGAGUAGGUAUAAAUAUCAUACAUUCUCAUACAAUAACAACAUUUUUAUGACAAUAUGAAUGGAUUUGAUGACAAUGAAAUCUUAAUUCAAAGUAAAGGUUUGCAUUCUCGUCUCCAUUCUCACUUUAUGGUGUUAUGUGUAACGUAACUAAAGUUAGGGAGGAAAGACCACACCUGAAACAUUUACAUCUCCUCCCCUCUCGACAGUCCCGUUUUACCUUCAUUCAUGUUAAGUGUCAUUGUGGACAGUGGUGUAAAGUAGUUAAGUAAAAACAAUUUUAAUUACUACUUUGUUAUUUACAUUUUUGACAACUUUUACUUUUACUCCACCUCAUUCCUAAAGAAAAUAAUGUACUUUUUACGCCAUACAUUUUCUCUGACUCCGAAAAGUACUAGUUACAUUUUUUAUGCUUAGCAGGACAGUAAAAUGGUCCAAUUCACACACUUAUCAAGAGAUUUUCCCAGGCCAUCCCUACUGCCUCUGAUCUGGCAGACUCACUAAACACAAAUGCUUUGUUUGUAAAUUAUGUCUGAGUGUUGGAGUGUGUCCCUGGCUAUCCGUAAAUGAAAAAAAUACAAUAAUUGUGCCGUCAGGUUUGCUUAAUAUAAGGAAUUUGAAAUUAUUUAUACUUUUACUUUUGAUACAUAAGUAUAUUUUAGCAAUUACAUUUACUUUUGAUACUUAAGUAUAUUUAAAAUCAAAAGUUUUUAACUUUUACUCAAGUGAUAUUUUCCUGGGUGACUUUCACUUUUACUUGAGUCUUUAUCUAUUAAGAUUUCUUUACUUACACUCAAGUAUGACAAUUUGGUACUUUUUCCACCACUGAUUGUGGAUAAAAGCGCUGCUGUUGGCACUUUUAUUAUGCAAUUUAUUUAAUUAAGUAUUGUCCAGGGUCACUCUGUGAUGAGUGUGAUGAAAGGAGUCAGGCACAGGAGGGUAAUCACAGAAUACAGAGUUCCUUCGUUGACACAUAAAUGCGCUCAAAUAGCGAUCAACGAAACAGGCACAGGGGAAACUCUCAUCCCUGGCAAAUACACUGUAACGGUAGAAUCCAAUAAUACAUAGGCACAGGGGAAAAUCUACCCUAGCAACAAAAUGUACGAGUAGCUCCACCGAGCUAUACUACUCUCACAACUAACAAUCACCCACAAGGACAAGGGGGCAGAGGGAACACUUAUACACAAACUAAUGAGGGGAUUAGAACCAUGUGUUUGUGAUUAACAAGACAAGACAAAUGUGAUUGGGGCGGCAGUGGUUAGUAAGCCAGUGACGACGAACGCCGAAGCCUGCCCGAACAAGGAGGGGAGGCAGCCUCGGCCGAAGUCGUGACAGUACCCCCCCAUUGACGCGCAGCUCCAGCAGCGCGCCGACCCCGGCCUCGGGGACAGCCAGGAGGACGUGGAGCAGGGCGAGCCAGAUGGCGACGCUGGAAAUCCCGCAACAGGGAGGGAUCGAGGAUAUCCCUCUCCGGGACCCAGCACCGUUCCUCCGGACCGUACCCCUCCCACUCCACGAGGUACUGAAGGCCCCCCACCCGACGCCUCGAAUCCAGGAUGGAGCAGACAGAGUACGCCGGGGCCCCCUCGAUGUCCAGAGGAGGUGGAGGAAUCUCCCGCACCUCAGACUCCUGGAGCGGACCAACUACCACCGGCCUAAGGAGAGACACAUGAAACGAGGGGUUAAUACGGUAAUCAGGGGGAAGUAAUAACCUAUACGUGACCUUGUUGAUUCUCCUCAGGACUUUGAAUGGCACCACAAACCAUGGGCUCAGCUUCCGGCAGGGCAGGCAGAGGGGCAGAUUCUGGGUCGAGAGCCAGACCCGAUCCCCCGGUAUGAAGACCGGGGCCACACUGCGGUGACGGUCAGCGUUGGCCUACGUCUCCUCCGCGCACCGAAACCAGUCAUCCACCGCAGGAGCCUCGGUCUGGCUCUGGUGCCACGGUGCCAGAACCGGUUGGUAAGAUAUCCUGGAUGGAUGGGAGCACGGUCCCAGUGAUGUACUGGGCCGAUUUCACCACCCGCUGGAGGGCCUUGCGGUUGUGGACUGAGCAAUUCCCGUACCAGACCGUGAUGCAAUCGGUCAGGAAGAUCUCGAUGAUGCAGCGGUAGUAUUUGGAGAGGACCCGUGGUGGCAUGCCACAUUUCUUCAGCCACCUUUUGCGUCUUCUUGACAAGAGUGGUGGUGUUGUUGGUCCAUGACAAGCUACAUCCACCUCCACCCAUUUUGCCCACUGCCCGACGACACCACCCUCACGAGGGAUGACGUUCCCUGCCGCCUCCACUGCCUGAUAUUCAUUCCACCACCACCAACUCGGCCGCAGCCCCUGAAUCCUCAGAAUCGGCCACAAAAGACUUCAACCUGGUCUCCACAGCUUACGACCUUGCAUUCGAAGCAGCCUUCACAUUCACAAAGGGAAAAUCUUCCUUCCAAUCUCCUGGGCAUGGCUGCUGCCACCACCAAGGCUUCAGCCUUCCCUCCCUCUCUCCAUCCCCUGCCUAUCCCAGCUCUGGCUCAGGGAUGGAUGCUCUCUCUGCCCCUACAGACAUUGUUUUCCAUAUCCAAACAAUGCUACACAAAAAACAUUCUUCCUCAGUAAUUCUUCUAACUACAAGAUCCGAGCUCAAGAUUACGCCAUAAUUUUUACCACCAAAUGCUGUAAGAGGACUGCUCUUCCUCUUUCUGCGUCACCUCUAUUCCCAUCUCAGCUCAGACAUUUACCAUCCAUAUCAUCUACCCCCGACCUCUGGACACUCAGGCCAUCAGAACUACUAUCUAUCCAUUCAAACCAUCAAGCCCUCUGACACGUUCAUGCCGCUCUGUUCUCGGACGUCUCGGGAGUCCUGACCCUUCCUCUUUGGGGAUUAACUCUGGGCCGAGAGGCAGAGACCACCAGGACUUCCACCCCAACACUUUCUUCAUCUCCCCCUCCCGAUCCUUUGAUGACCAAGCAACCAACAUCCUGAACCUGAAUUAUCAAUCUCCUUCAACCAUCAUGAACCAUCAAUCUCCUUCAACCAUCCUGUAUCAUCAAGCUCCAUCAACCAUCCUGAAUCAUCAAGCUCCUUCAACCAUCAUGAACCAUCAAGCUCCUUCAACCAUCCUGAACCAUCAAGCUCCAUCAACCAUCCUGAACCAUCAAGAUCCUUCAACAAUCCUGAACUUUCAAGAUCCUUCCACCAUCCCGAUCUAUCAAGAUCCUUCAACCAUCCUGAACCAUCAAGCUUCUUCAACCAUCCCAAACUGUCACGCUCCUUCAGUCAUCCAGAGUCGUCCUCUCAAUAAUGCGACACCACCUCUCACGAUGCCUACCAAGAAGCUUUAAUUCUACAACCACCUAACAAUCAUCCAACCUCAUUCCAAGCUCGAGCUCAUGCCUGCAUGACGUCAUUCUGCAUUCAUACCUUGUAACCUUUUCCUGCAUUAAAAUAUCUCAAAUAUAUUUAUGUUGAUGAUGUGGUCUGUACCUACAGUAGUGAACCAAAAGUUAUUGUUAGACAAAGCAGAAUGUGCUGUAGACCUUCACCUAACCACACUAGGAUUCUUUGGACCUCUUCCCUAAUCUCCUAUCCCGUCGACUAUUCCCUAUGCUUUCUCUAUCCAGGAUUGUGUCCAGACUGAUCCAAGUCACCAGCAAGUCCAGAGUGCGACUCAGUGGCAUCAGUCCCCUCCACCUGGCCGCCGAACACAACAAAGACAACACCCUGGAGGUUCUGAUCGAGGCAGACUUCGACGUCAAUGCCAAGCUGUCCACCGACCGCUCUUCCAUAUACCAGGAUCGACGAACCACUGCACUCUAUUUCGCAGUCACCAACAGCAACGUUGAUGCUGCCGCCAUGCUUCUUAAGGCUGGCGCCAACCCCAACCUGGACAUCUUCAACCCGCUACUGGUGGCCGUUAGGCAGGGUUGUGUCCAGAUGAUGUGCUUACUGGUGGAGCACAGGGCAGACGUCAAUGUUAAAAUCCCAACUCACCCCACCUCGUUCCCGGCAAGUGUCAUGUUCUGUAUGAAGUAUCUGUCUCUGCUCAAGUACCUCAUGGACAACGGCUGUGACGCCCUAUCCUGUUUCAAGUGUGAGCAUGGCACCAAACCACACCCACCGAUGAGGAAUGUAUACAAGGAUGACCUGGGUCUCUGCCACGAGGAGCCCGGUGUGCAGGUAGGUGGGAUUAGCAGAAAGAUUAUGGUUAUUUUUUGGUCUGCGAGAAAAUAUGUUUGGGCAAGUGUUUUUGUGGCAAGAGUCAGAACAGGAAAUUACGUGCUAAGUGGUUGGUUGGGGGUGGUCGAUGUGGGAAUGUCAAUAGUUUGAAUCCAGGCACAUUUGGUUUUUUACUGUUUUUGUUUUCUAACCCUUACCUUAACCACUCACUCGCACGCUAAAGUAUAACCUUCCCCUAACCACUCACCAGCAUGCCUCAACUUAACCUGUUGCCCUUGCAUGUAAAUAUCUGUCGUUUUGGGAUUCAGAGAUUAUGAGCGAUUCUCAGGCUCUUAUAAUUCUGCGUUUGUUGUGAGAUCAAGUUGGCCACUGGUUUAUUUAAAUUUGGUGGUAACAGUAACCACUGCACUGGCCCCCCAAAACCAGAGACUAGGGAGCAGUUUUACCACAGAAUUAAAAUAACUCAAUUGCCGUUAGAUUUGCGACAUCUUGUGGCUUUAUGGUUCUAAAUGCAUUAUGUAUAGCAUUACGUGAUUCCUUUUUCUACUCUACUGUCAGUUCUGUGACAUUAUCUCCAGUCCCUCAAUACGUCAUUGGGCAGGACCCAUCAUAGAUGCACUUCUAGACUACGUGGGUAAUGUACAGCUGUGCUCCAGACUCACUGAACAUCUGGACAGCUACGAGGACUGGGCCUGUAUCAAGGAGAAAUCGAGUGAGUACCUUUUUCAUCAGGGUCCAACUCUGUAUAAACAGGUUAGAUAUAUUUACACAAGUUUGCAACAACCUUCAAAUGUGUCAAAAAGGACAUUUAAGGGUGACAUUUUCCUAAAGUUCCCCCUCGCGGAAAUUGUUUAAGCAAAGUUACAACAUAAAUCGCGCUGCAGAUUAUAAUUUCACUUAGCUCACAGCGCAGGUGGCUUUGCAACAGGACAAUGUUGCCCUAAGACAUUUCCUAGUGAGUACAGGAUUUUCCGUCUUCCAUUUGCUUUUAUAACACUGUACCUAAACAUUUUCUUAUGGAGAACCUAUAGUUGUGCAUGCCAAUCCUUUAUUCAACAGUGCCCCCACGGAGCCUUAUGCAGUUGUGCAGGCUGAAGAUCCGACAACAGGUGGGAGUCCACAGACUGAGGCAGAUCAGCACCUUACCCCUAGCAGGAAGACUUGUCAACUUCCUAAACCAUGAGGAGUGA